AUGACGGAGUAUAAGUGCGUGAACUUUUCCGAACUGUGCCGCCUGUGCGCGAGCAGUAAUGGGCCACGGGUGGGCAUCUACUCGGACGAGGGCCGUAAGAAGCGAAUACACCGCAAGAUUACAGAAUCGCUCGGAAUAAAUGUCAAAGAAUCGGAUCGUUUGCCGAAAUCGGUAUGUGCGGCCUGCUUGAAACAGGUCGAAACACAUGAAGAAUUUCGCGAAUCUGCUGUGAAGGCGCAGAGCAUGCUGGAAAGCUGUCUUAAUUCUCGUAGUGUAGAGAACGGCGGCAAAGUUUACAUACGCGAUGUAAAGGUGAAAGAACCGCCACAGAUAGUGAAUCGUACGCAGACUAGUGUGGUGCACAUUUCUCCCACAGCACCGACGAUAACCAAUCGCACUGUGCAAGGAAAAUCUCAACAGCAACAGCUACAGCUGCAGCAGCAGCAACAGCAGCAGCAGCAGCAACAGCAACAGCAGCAGCAACAGCAUCAGCAGCAGCUGCAACAGCAGCAGCAGCAGCAGCAACAACAGCAGCAGCAACAGCGACAACAGCAAAUCAGUACUACACCCAUUCUUAUCAAUACUAUUCCAAAAAGUGUGGUUCAUACGAUCAAUGGUGGUACGAUAAGUACGGUCAGUUCAGGUGCUAAUGUCACGCCAACCGUUUCGCUCGCAGCUGCACCUCCCGCCCUAAGAGCGAAUACCACCGGCGGAGACUUUCUCAGCUCCAUCAUACAGGCAGUUGGCAUAAAGACAGAAGGUGACAUGAACCAAACAGUGGGACAGCAGCAAAUGAACCAACCGCAAAUACUGACCAUCCAAAAUCAACAGCAACCAAACCAGCAAUAUACGAUCACGUUCGAUGCCUCGGCUGCGCGAAAGGUACACAACAUGAUCGUUCCGGUCAUCUCGAAACCAACCGAAUCGCAACCACAAACGACUUUUACGCAAGUUGAUGAGUUUAUCAAGAUUAAGUCGAGUCCACCAAAAGCGGUUAAACGAGACUCUGCACAAAAUGCUAAGACUGAUGCGACGGAAGCGAAACGGAAACGGUAUAUUCAAAUCGUACAACAUCCCGGUGUGUCCCUAACUACACCGCCAAAGACAUCGAAUGUUGGUAAUUUUACGGUUGAAAGUCCCACCAUGACAUCGCCCGUCUCUGCCGCUACAAACGCUGCGCCUGUUUCAUCGGCUGGCAUGAUCGUAUCCAAUGCAGGCACCGUCUACACUUCCACACCGCAGAAGACGUACACCGUUGGGCCGGAUGUGAAGCUAAUCCCCGGUAAUAACAGAUGUCUCGUACCAAUCGUGUUGAAAAACGAUAACUCAACGGAUGAUAGUGCUAAUAACAACACAAGUACACCCAACAUAUCGGUAGUAGGUCAGCCAAUGGUGAGUAAUGCACCGCAGAACCAGCCGGUUCAGCUGUUUGUCAAGUUCGAAACUGGAACAGAUGGUGUGGUGCGUAUAGCACCGGUUCAACAUCCACCGUUGGCGAUGCAGCAAACGGCAGUGCCACAGUAUGGUAUGGCGACUAUUGCUACUACUGCGCAGCCAGUAACCACCAUUCCACCGAUGACCAUUUUGGGUCAAAACCAACCGAUGGUACAGGCUCAGGUUGGGGCUGGCAACUACGUAACGUUGGUGGGUAAAACAACAUCACAAACGCAAACGAUCGCCGAUAACAGUGGGCAACAAGCGAGCGUUGUCAUGGCAACGGCACAAGUUCCACAAGCGACGCUUCAGCCAGUACAGCAACAACAACAGCAGCAGCAACAAAUACAACCACAAAACGUCAAAAAGGUGCAACAGACUUCCACUGCUUCAAUUCAACAAAACCAACAACGUGCCAUUGUAGCGCUUUCCACCGGCGGUGCAGUGCAAAAGGCAGAACAACGAGUCGUUACCGUACCACGCAAAGUUAUUCCUGCUCGUCAGCCGACAACAACUCCAACGAAGCUGGCACAUGCUGCUACGGCCCCGAAACAAACGAUCGUAAUUAAUGGACAGGGUAGUAACAAUCAGGGCAAGGGCUCCGGCGGUUCAUCCGGUGCUAAAUCUUCCUCGACGACCGGUCGUGCUGGACAUGUCGUAGCGUCGUCGAAUGGAAACAACGUUUCAUCACUAGGCAACAAUAGCACAUCCGAGAAUCGCUCCUUCAGCGAUCAUGAUAGCAGCGGCAACGAGAACUCAGAGUCGGAAGCAAACAGAACCGCCCAGUCGCUGGUUGCUUCGCAGCAGAUGAGUGCUAUCUCCGCCAUGUCAAGUAAGCAAGAUUCGGUUGCGUCCGAUCAGCAAACGAAAUCAUCCGGCGGCCGUCCUGGCGAUAGAGGAACGAGUGCUGGUGGACGUACGGGUGGCGAAGUCAGCAUUACGACGUGCGAUGUCUGUCGGAAAACGUUUGGCCGCAAGGAACAUUUGGUGCAGCAUCUCAAGUCCCAUAUCGGGCUGCGUCCGUUUAAAUGUGAGGCGCCAGAUUGCAAUAAGAGUUUUAGCCGUAAGGAGCAUCUGAUACGGCACACGGUUUCACAUACCGGGCAGAAGAUGUUCAACUGCGACAAGUGCCAAAAGCUAUUCUCGCGCAAGGAUAAUCUCAACAAGCACAGGAAAACGCACACGGAUCAGGCGAAUGCUUCACCGUACAGUUGCAACAUUUGCAACAAGGAUUUUUCGUCAAAGAACCAAUUUUUGAAACAUAAGGACACGCAUGGCUGUUACGAAGAGGACGCGGACACACCAAAGCCAACGGUGAAAAAACAACCACAUCCGAUCAAGGUGGAAACGAAACAGGAGCCAGGAAAUACGAUCACCGUCCUUGAGUCGACCGUUGUAUCGAAACCUUCGCAGCCUCCACCUUUAACUCACGCUAUUGCUCCGAACCCGGUAACUUCGGAACCAUCGCAACCGUCAAAUGUGCAAUCCUUACCACUAACCAUCACCCAUGUGCCGACUAACACCACAACCAUACAGUUACCAAUUCAGCAGCAGGUUCAUCAGCUCAUCCAACAGCAGCAGCAACCCCAGCAUCAAAAUGGCACAACCACACAGCAGCAGAUUUUCACCAUCCCCGCCCAAAUACCGACCGCUAAUGGGAAACCCAUCAUUCAGCAUCUCCAAAUAGCGCUUCCAAACAAUGUCAGCGGUCAAACGCUGGCUACGUCCUCUUCCGCAUCCAACAGCGGAACCGUACAGACGAUAACCAAUGCGCAGGGUGCUACGUUGGCAAGCUUGGGUCGAGCAACGAUUAUCAAUUCGGUGGAUGGUAAUACGGUAUUUACGCUGCCGUCGAACUUUAUCUUCGACGCGUCGCAAAUCAUCACCACCAGCCGUCAGUCAUAA